AUGGCGACAGACAAUAAUGUGGACCUCACUUUCUACCCCGCAUUCUGCUUCAAAGCGUCACCAACGCACUUCACCUGGGUGAAGAUGAGUGCCGCAGAUGUGCACCGUCUCCGAAGAUUGAAAGAGUUUGUUGGCCAAAACAUAUUUUUCUACAACAACCACCCAAUCCGCUUCGUUAGCCUAGUAGGCCUAAUAGUGGCACGAACAGAGAUAACUCGACGAACAAUCCUAACGCUGGACGACAGCAGCGGCGCCACAAUCGACAUAGCAGUCCUACAACAAACCCAACCAAAUCCAAAACCGAACAGCAAUAAUAGCAGCAUAUCGACCAGAAACACCAACCAAACCACAAGUGAUCAAGCAGACUUAGAACCAGAACCAACCCCCUGGUCCAACUUCUCCAUCACCUCAAAACCACACCCCAGCCAAAACCCCAACCCCCAGCAAACACACAUGACAGCAACAGAAAACGACCCAAUAAACAUAACAUCCCUCCAGCCAGGAACAACAAUCCGAAUAAAAGGAACACUCUCCCUCUUCCGCUCAAGCAUGCAAAUAAACCUGGAACGCUUCACACUAGUCCCAGACACAAACGCUGAAAUGGCAUUCCUAGACGAGCGCCUACGGUUCCUGAUCGAGGUCCUCUCCGUGCCCUGGGUGUUAUCCGAUGCCGAGGUUGAGGGGUAUAGAGUUGAUGCUGAGAUGGGGGAUGUGAGGGCCUUGGAGGAGCGGCGGAGGAUUGAGAGGCGAGGUGUUAAACGGCGUGAGAGGGAGGAGAGGGAUGCGAGGGUUAUUGCGAAGCGGUAUGAGCGGGAGGAGAGGGAGAGAGAGAGGGAGGGGGCUGUUUGUCGGGAGGAUGGGGUUAGGGUUAUGAGGAGGUUUGGGUGGGGGGAUGAUAAGUGA